CCUCCCUUGCCUUCCCCGCGAGCGGACGCGCCAGCGCCUCUGUCUCGCUUUUUCUUAUUUUCCCCCCUUCCCCUUCCUUUUUUUCUUUUUCUUUUUCCCCCUUCCUCCCUUUCACCAUUUCCCCUUGGAGGCGCUUCCCCCGGGCAGGGGCAGAGCCGGUCUCACCCCCCGCCUCUCCCCGGCCCCCGCCGCCCUAUGGAGAGAGGGAGCCCCCUCCCCACCCAGGCACAAGCGGCGGCGGUUGGAGGAGCGAGACCGGUGGCGGCCUCAGGUCCAGGAUCGUCAUGGAACUAAUUCGCUGACCGACUCACGGCCGGAGCCGUGUGUCCUGCUCGAGUGCAAGUGCCCGCGCCCCCCAGCACCGUUCCCCCUCUUCACCCUCCUCAGUCGGCCUGGUCCUCGUCCCGCGCGCCUCGUCGCUGCGCGCUGUUGAAAAUGAGGUGGUAGCGGGCCCCUGGAUGACCCCGCGUCACCACUGUGAGGCCUACAGCUCUGCCAGGGAGGAGGAAGAGGAGGAGAAGGUAGCUACAUCAAGCUGGGAGGCAGGCAGAUCCAAAGGAUACCAUGAAGUUUCCAGGGCCUUUGGAAAACCAGAGAUUGUCUUUCCUUUUGGAAAAGGCAAUCUCUAGGGAAGCCCAGAUGUGGAAAGUGAAUGUGCCGAAAAUGCCUACAAACCAGAAUGUUUCUCCAUCCCAGAGAGAUGAAGUGAUUCAGUGGCUGGCUAAACUCAAGUACCAAUUCAACCUUUACCCAGAAACAUUUGCGCUGGCUAGCAGUCUUUUGGACAGGUUUUUAGCCACUGUAAAGGCCCAUCCAAAAUACUUGAGUUGUAUUGCAAUCAGCUGUUUUUUCUUAGCCGCCAAGACUGUUGAGGAAGACGAGAGAAUUCCAGUGCUGAAGGUGUUGGCAAGAGACAGUUUCUGUGGAUGUUCUUCAUCUGAAAUUCUGAGGAUGGAGAGAAUUAUUCUGGAUAAGCUGAAUUGGGACCUUCACACAGCCACACCAUUGGAUUUUCUUCACAUUUUCCAUGCCAUUGCAGUGUCCACUAGGCCUCAGUUAAUUUUCAGUUGGCCCAAACUGAGCCCCUCUCAACAUUUGGCAAUCCUGACCAAACAACUACUUCACUGUAUGGCCUGCAACCAAUUUCUGCAAUUCAAAGGAUCCAUGCUUGCUCUGGCCAUGGUUAGUUUGGAAAUGGAGAAACUCAUUCCUGAUUGGCUCCCCCUUACAAUUGAACUGCUUCAGAAAGCACAGAUGGAUAGCUCCCAGUUGAUCCAUUGCCGGGAGCUUGUGGCACAUCACCUUUCUACUCUGCAGUCUUCCCUGCCUCUAAAUUCCGUUUACGUCUACCGCCCCCUCAAGCACACCCUGGUGCCCUGUGACAAAGGAGUGUUCCGAUUACAUUCCUCCUCUGUCCCAGGCCCAGAUUUCUCCAAGGACAACAGCAAACCAGAAGUGCCAGUCAGAGGUACAGCAGCCUUCUAUCAACAUCUCCCAGCUGCCAGUGGGUGCAAGCAUACUUCUGCUAAACGCAAAGUAGAGGAAAUGGAAGUGGAUGACUUCUAUGAUGGGAUCAAACGGCUCUAUAAUGAAGAUAAUGCUUCAGAAAAUGUGGGUUCUGUGUGUGGCACUGAUUUAUCAAGGCAAGAGGGGCAUGCCUCCCCUUGUCCACCUUUGCAGCCUGUGUCUGUCAUGUAGUUUCAGGUGUUACCUUUAAGUGUAGACUGACGUAUACUACUCUGGGAACAGGAACAUGGAAAACCAGGGCAGGCUAUAUAAAGGUAUAUAUACCUAAUCAGGCUGAUUUGAAGUGAGCCAGGAAGAAAAAAAAAAAUUAUUGUGACUAAUUAAAAUUCAACAUUAUUUAAGCACUUAAAGACCCCUAAAAAAAGUAUAAAA